AUGGCGCGCAGCGGCAAGGCAGCCAUAGUGCUGUGCCUGGAUGUAGGCUUUACAAUGAGCAAUUCUGCCUCUGGUGAGGAGUCUUCACUUGAGCAAGCCAAGAAGGUUAUGACAAAGUUUGUGCAGCGACAGGUUUUUGCUGAGAGUAAAGAUGAGGUUGCUGUAGUUUUGUUUGGCACUGAUGGUACUAGGAAUGGCCUUGCCAGUGAGGAUCAAUACCAAAACAUUACUGUACAUAGGUCACUAAUGCUACCAGAUUUUGAUCUGCUGGAAGACAUUCAAGAUGUGAUUAAGCCAGGCUCUGAACAAGCGGACUUUCUGGAUGCAAUUAUUGUGUGUAUGGACUUGCUUCAGCGGGAAACAUUAGGAAAGAAGUACGAGAAGAGGCACAUUGAACUGUUUACAGAUCUUAGUAGUCCUGUCAGUGAGGAUCAGCUGGAAAUUAUCGUUGCUAACUUGAAGAAAACAGGAAUUUCACUUCAGUUUUUUUUGCCAUUUCCAGUGGAUGUUGAUGAUGGAGGUGGAGAUACAACUGCCAGUGUACGUUCUCAAAUGUACAGAAACCCUUUUCCAAGAAAGGGUUUAACUGAGCAACAGAAGGAAGGUAUUGGUGUGGUGAGAAAACUGAUGCAUACUUUGGACAAAGAAGAAGGGCUGGAAGAAAUUUAUACUUUCAGGUAA